UUCUUUUCGCUUUAUUUUACUCCCAAUCGCAAUUAUAUAAUCUCACGAUUACGAAUCAACACAAUCACGAUUCGUCUCUCUCUCUCUCUCUGAUCUCUCUCGAACGGACAAACGCUCCUCUCUAUAUUCAUCAAUCGACUCUCAAGUGUUUUUCUUAUUAUUGUUGUUACUAUUCUUUUUAUGAUAUUUAGUUUUUGAGUCUUGCUAUCUGGUAUACUAUAUUUGUGAAUCUUUCCAAUUUAUCUGGUAUAUUUCUAAGAAAUUCGUUUUUGAAUCGACUCUCAAGGGUUUUCAUUUUUGUGCUGCAUUAUCAAUCAGUUUUGUCUCUCUUUUUUAUUUGUUCUGUUGGUCAAUACCGCCUUUUUUUUUUGUUUUUGGAAAAUUAACGCUAUGGAUGCAGGAUCUUUGAGUGCUUCUAAUGCCAAUCACUCACGCUGUCCCCUGCAAGAACAGCAUCUCCAGAGAAAGCAAUCUCGAGAAAAUUUGGAUAGAUUUAUUCCGAAUCGAUCAGCAAUGGAUUUUGAUUAUGCGCACUACAUGGUGACUGAAGGAAGGAAAGGUAAGGAAAACCCUUCUUUUAGUUCGCCUUCUAGGGAGGCUUAUCAGAAGCGUUUAGCUGAGACAUUCAACAUGAAUCGAACUCGGAUUCUUGCGUUCAAGAACAAGCCUCCUGCGCCGGUUGAGUUGAUCCCAAAGGAAUUCUUCUCCUCUGUUUCUCAUGAUAAACCUGUAAAGGCCCGCCGCCAUAUCCCCCAGACCUCUGAAAGGACAUUGGAUGCUCCUGACCUUGUUGAUGAUUACUACUUAAACUUGUUGGACUGGGGCAGUGGCAACGUGCUUGCUAUAGCUCUUGGCAACACCGUGUAUUUGUGGAAUGCAACUGAUGGCUCUACUUCAGAGCUCGUUACGGUUGACGACGAAGUUGGUCCCGUAACAAGUGUAAGUUGGGCACCUGAUGGUAGACAUAUUGCUAUUGGGUUAAACAACUCAGAAGUACAGUUGUGGGAUUCGACCGCAAAUAGACAGCUAAGAACUCUGAGAGGUGGGCAUAGGAUGCGAGUUGGCUCUCUGGCAUGGAACAAUCAUAUUCUCACCACUGGAGGAAUGGAUGGGAAGAUUCUGAACAAUGAUGUGAGAAUUAGAGAUCAUAUAGUGGAAACUUACAGAGGCCAUGAUCAAGAGGUCUGUGGUCUAAAGUGGUCAUUAUCAGGGCAACAGUUAGCGAGUGGAGGGAAUGACAAUGUCCUCCAUAUCUGGGACAGAUCAAUGGCAUCUUCGAACUCAGCAACUCAGUGGCUUCACAGACUUGAGGAGCACACUUCUGCAGUCAAGGCCCUUGCAUGGUGUCCAUUCCAGGGCAACUUGCUUGCAACUGGAGGAGGUGCUGGGGAUCGCAACAUUAAGUUUUGGAACACCCACACUGGGGCAUGUUUGAAUUCUGUUGACACUGGUUCUCAAGUUUGUGCUCUACUGUGGAAUAAAAAUGAGAGAGAGUUGCUUAGCUCUCAUGGUUUCUCCCAGAACCAGCUCACUCUUUGGAAAUACCCUUCAAUGGUGAAGAUGGGAGAGCUCAAUGGCCAUACAUCAAGGGUCCUCUUUAUGGCUCAGAGUCCAGAUGGAUGCACUGUGGCUUCAGCAGCAGCAGAUGAAACAUUGAGAUUCUGGAAUGUGUUUGGGACUCCAGAAGUGGCUAAACCUGCUCCAAAAUCAUCUGUUACAGAGCCCUUUGCUCACCUCAAUCGCAUUCGAUAAACUUGUGUGUGUAUAUCUCUAUUUUUGUUUUGUUUUGUUUUCAGUGUAACAUUGUUAUAGUUAUACAACUGGCGAAGGAGAUGUUGUUGUAUUGAUAAAGAAUUAUCGCUACAACGUUUUGUUGUUUGUUGAGAGUUCAUUAGAGUUGGGAUCAUUUGAAAUUAAAAAGGUCCAUGUAUGUAAAAACUUCUCUGAAUCAUUUGUGAUGAGGAUGUAUAUUAAUCUGUGUAGCUAAUUCUUUGAUGUAUAUUACAUUUACUGGAUAUUCA